CCCCAAAUCUAUAAUUGAAUUUUUAUUUGUUUGGAUCCACCCUUUCUCACAUCCGUUAACUGCAUCCCUAGCUCCGUCUACAACAUCUCCUCGUUUCUGUAUCGCCGUCUCCCUCCAUCCUCUCCAUCGCCAGCGGUCUCUUUGCCGGAAUCAGAAGCCGCCCGCUGCCGACGAUUUCCGGCGUUGUCUUUCUCGGAACCAGAGUUAGAAGCGUCCCUCUGCCGACGACCUAUCUUUCCCGUCCCUAGAUUCUAUCUUCAGUGCAUUGCAAAAUUUCAAAAGAAAACACUGGAAGCAGUUGUAACCUUUAGAUGGACGCAAAGGACAUUUUAGGAUUGCCGAAGACUACUCUACUCACUCCCACAGAAAAAAAGUCCCGACCUCCGAAAGAGUCUCAACGCAAACCUGAUGGAAUUUCACGAGAAGUUUAUGCCCUUACAGGAGGUCUUGCACCUCUUAUGCCUGCUAUUGACAUAAAUCUUUUGAAGCGACGAACACAGCCUGAAAAUGAAAAGAUUACAUGGCAGUGGCUACCUUUUACUAGUUCUGCCCGAAAUGACUGCUUGCAACUGUACCACUGGGUGAGGGUGGUAAAUGGUGUUUUGCCUAAAGGUGAUUAUUCAUUUGCCAAGUAUAACAAGUCUGUGGAUGUGAUUGAGUACACAGACGAGGAGUAUGAGAAGUAUCUGACAGACCCUACGUGGACAAAGGAAGAGACAGACCAAUUAUUUGAGCUGUGUAAAAGGUUUGAUCUAAGGUUCAUCGUUAUAGCCGAUAGAUUUCCAUCAUCACGCACCAUUGAGGAGCUUAAGGAUCGUUAUUAUACUGUAUCCCGAGUUGUCUUGAAUUCAAGGUCUGCAUCUUCUAUUGAUGUAGCCGGGCAUCACAUCCUUAAGGAACCUGAACCUUACAAUAUGCCUCAAGAGAUUGAAAGGAAACGGGCAUUGUCCAUGGUGCUUUCGCAGACAAGGCAUCAAGAACGCAGGGACGCAGAAGUCCUUGCUGAAGCAAAGAAAAUAAUGGAAUCUCGUAAGGCUUCCAAGGUUGCUGAAGAGUCAGAGCUACCUCUUAUGUCAGAUUCAGGACCAGAAGGUCAAGAGAUGGCUGCUACCAUUAAUCCUGCCUCAACUUCCCCAAAUACUCAGUUUCCUCUGGGCAUAAGUGCUUCUCCAAUAUCAGAAACUGCCUCUACUUUAGCUUCUCUUCGCAUGUUGGGGGUGUACUUGCGUACAUAUGCACUAGAGCAAAUGGUGCAAGCAGCAAGCUCAUCAGCUGGACUCCGGACUAUUAAGCGUGUUGAGCAAACUUUACAAGACCUAGGGGUCAAUUUGAAGCCUAAAGUUCCAACUAAACUAGUAUGCGCAGAGCAUCUUGAACUUAGGAAAGAAAUUUUGACCCUAUUGAAUCUUCAAAAACAGUUGCAAUACAAGGAGUCUGAAGGUUCUUCCUAUCGUGAAGGUUCAUAUUCUGAAACACCUGGGACACCACCUAAGCGAGCACAGGCUGCACAGCGUAGUGUUGAACAUGACAAGACAUUCGGUCCUGACUUAAGUUUUGGAGGUGAGAGAGCUAGUAAAAAGGAUCAAAAACGCAAGACACCCGGAACACCCAAAUUUGAAGGCUCUCCUGCAUCUUCCAAACGGCCACGGAAGUUGAAAACCUCGGAUGGAUAAAGCACACGCUCCCAAGAUCCAUGGCUAAAUGUGGUAAUAACUCGGAUGAAUUCUUCGUGAAUUGGCGAAAUUUUAAAUUCAUAAAAAAAUGCCAAAUUUAAGGUAGAUAUUUCUAUUUGCAUGUAAAAUCUUUGGUAAAAGUUCAAUGUCAAAUAGCCUAGUCAAUAAUGUCUUAAAUAUUAUUUUUUAGUUUUGGCCUCGAGUUCCUAGGGGUACUAUCACAUUUUUGGCUAAAUUUUAAGUUUAUCAAAAAAUUGCCAAAUUUGACAUGAAUGCUUCUAUUUAAAUUUAAAAUCCUUUGUAAAAGUUUAUUGUCAAAUAAACUUUUCAAUAACGU